GCAACUGUUGCAUUACCACUGCUAGCGACGGCCAAAAGUAGCCGCACCGCAGACAGUCUCUAGCAAAUCGCUCGCAAAUCUACAGCACAAAACCAAAGCCAAUCGAGAAAGCAAGCAAACAGCAUGUCUUCGGUUACACAGCAUACGGGCAAUCAGCCGGUGGCGCAGCAAAAUGGUAAACAACAGCCAACGGCUGGUAGCGCUGUCACCGCCACCAACAAUAACACACAUGAAAAAGUGGGCGGCAACAAUGGAGCAGCGGGCAAUGGUGCCGGCGGUGCAAACUCGAAUACGGAAUCCUCCCAACAAAGCCCCACCAAAAAGACAAGUCUAUCGACUAAGGAGCGCGUCAUUGACAGCGUCCCCUUUCCGCCGAGCCGCAAGCUAACAGCGGCCGAUGUAUUUGACGCACGCACUGGCAAGCCACACCAUGACGUACUUAAGCAGCACUUCAUACUUGAGGGACGCAUCGAAGA